CUCAACCUUUCUUAAUUUUAUCUACAUCGUGCUCUCAAGUCUUAACUCUCAUUUAGUUUAAUUUUACUAUACUGUCUAUACUUACUACUUACGUCUUUAACGUUUAUCAACGUUACAGAACAACUUUACACUUUUAAUUAUUUCAAUAUUUCACGUUUUGCGCAACAAAUUGACAGAUGGCCAGUGUUGUUGUCGUUGGGCUAGGUCUGGCCGCAGCUGGUUUUGCUGGUCGACAAGUAUUACGAGUUGCUCCACAAAUAGCUCAAAAAAUGAGUGAAGUUCUUAAAACAAUGUCAUCCGAAUCGGGAAUUUUGUCAAGUAGUAAAUUUCAUAAAGGCGGAUUUGAACCUACUAUGUCCAAACGCGAAGCCACACUCAUACUUGAUGUGUCAAAUAAUGCUCCAAAAAACAAAAUCAAAGAUGCCCAUAAACGAAUCAUGUUGAUCAAUCAUCCAGAUAAAGGUGGUUCACCGUACAUAGCUGCAAAGAUAAACGAGGCCAAAGAUCUUUUGGAUAAAAAAUAAACAACGUCCGCUAAUUAUUGUAGUGUACAACGUUUGAGUGAGAUGAAAUCCACAACACUAUUUUUCAACUCUGGUGAGUUUACACAUUUCCUACAGCCUACAGGUAAAUAUAAUGUUGACCCGGGAGAGUUUACAACCGGGUUUUCUAUCCUAAACUUAAAUGUAUAUCACGUUCCGAUGAAAUAACAUAUUUUAUCACAACAUAAUGUAUAAAUAAUAUUAAACAAACAUGUAUUUUGUACUUCAAAUAAAUUAUAAAAUAUAGAAAAUAAACAUCUUAGACAUACGUAAUAAUAUUUCGAUUCAAACAAAAA